GUGUCCCGCCCCCCGCAGCUCAGUCCCGAGAGUAACACAGUCCGACUGAGUCUCCCGCCCACUGAUAUAAGAAGCGACUCAGUAGCAGCAACCGCACGUCAUAGUCAGUCUCCUGUAACCGGGACAUGAGUGUCAGUAUGAGGGGCGCGUCUAUGUAACUUCCCUCCUCCGAGACGUCACAUCCGCCUCUCUAUGCUCAGCCUCCGCCUCUCUAUGCUCAGCCUCCGCCUCUCUAUGGUUCCUGGAGGACUGGAGCAGAAGUUUCUUUUACUUUCACUUUUCAGACUUGGGCGGUUCUGUCUCCCGAAACUUCUGCCUGAGAAUUCGGCCUCAAACGACCCAGAGACCCUGAGAUAGUGAUCCCGACCCCCCCGGGGUGUGUAGUCUGGAGAGGAAAAUGUGGCCCCUCCGUGUCGCCCUCCUGUUCCACCUGUCACUCUCCUUCCUCCACUUUUCACUCUCAGACUCAGUCUCGUCGGCGGUACUGGGCUCCAGCGCUAAGCUGAUCUGCCAGUUCACUCCAGUAGUCGAUGCCAAGAACGUGGAGAUCCGAUGGUUCACGCGCUCAUUCCGCCCCUACGUGCAUCAGUAUAAGAACGGGGAGGACAAUUACAGGGAACAGAUGGAGGAAUUCCGGGGCAGGACAGAGUUAAUUAAACAGGACCCAGGGGGUCGGAACCUUAAUCAUCAGUAACGUCACCCUGGCCGACGAGGGGCGAUACAGUUGCUUCUAUGAAAGUUGAAUUAUAGAAACGAGUCCAAGGAUUAUGGUCUCCCCAAUGUCCAGCAAUGAGUAGGGCUCUCCUCUGCCUCUAACAAAAUUCUUCAA